AUGGGGCCAGGAGACCCAGAGACAGGGGACCAGGAGACCCAAAGACAGGGGACCAGGAGACCCAAAGACAGGGGACCAGGAGACCCAAAGACAGGGGACCAGGAGACCCAAAGACAGGGGACCAGGAGACCCAAAGACAGGGGACCAGGAGACCCAAAGACAGGGGACCAGGAGACCCAAAGACAGGGGACCAGGAGACCCAAAGACAUGGGGCCAGGAGACCCAGAGACAGGGGACCAGGAGACCCAAAGACAGGGGACCAGGAGACCCAAAGACAGGGGGCCAGGAGACCCAGAGACAGGGGACCAGGAGACCCAAAGACAGGGGACCAGGAGACCCAUAGACAGGGGACCAGGAGAUCCAGAGACAGGGGACAAGGAGACCCAGAGACAGGGGACCAUGAGACCCAGAGACAGGAGACAGGGGACCAGGAGACCCAGAGACAGGGGACCAGGAGACACAGAGACAGGGGAUCAGGAGACCCAUAGACAGGGGACCAGGAGACCCAGAGACAGGGGACCAGGAGACCCAGAGACAGGGGACCAUGAGACCCAGAGACAGGGGACCAGAAGACCCAUAGACAGGGGACCAGGAGACCCAGAGACAGGGGACCAGGAGACCCAGAGACAGGGGACCAGGAGACCCAGAGACAGGGGACCAGGAGACCCAGAGACAGGGGACCAGGAGACCCAGAGACAGGGGCACAGGAGACCCAGAGACAGGGGCCCGGGAGACCCAGAGACAGGGGCACAGGAGACCCAGAGACAGGGGCACAGGAGAACCAGAGACAGGGGACCAGGAGACCCAGAGACAGGGGACCAGGAGACACAGAGACAGGGGAUUAGGAGACCCAUAGACAGGGGACCAGGAGACCCAGAGACAGGGGACCAGGAGACCCAGAGACAGGGGACCAGGAGACCCAGAGACAGGGGCCCGGGAGACCCAGAGACAGGGGCCCAGGAGACCCAGAGACAGGGGCACAGGAGAACCAGAGACAGGGGACCAAGAGACCCAGAGACAGGGGCCCAGGAGACCCAGAGACAGGGGCCCGGGAGAACCAGAGACAAGCUAAUUCCAUGA